AUGUAACAGUAAAGGUGCGGACAGCCUUUGGGAAGAGGAAUAAUGGGACCAGGCAUCCAGGAAUAUCCCUUAUUACUGCACAGAGAGACACAGCAGAAGGAAAGCCACAUCCACAGCAAUGAAAACCACAAAGGAAUGUAAUGGAAAAAGCCAUCCAAGCACCAAAGGACUAAAUAAACCAAUUUCUUAUGGGAAAUCUCCUCCUGGAAGAUUGGGCAAAAAUCUAUCAAGUGCCAUUGAAAAGAUUUCCCAUGACACUCAAGAUGGUCACCAACCAAGUGUUUUUAAGAAGGGAAGGAAUCAGAUGGAUGGCAAUAACCAGUCAAAAAGGAUCCCGAGUGUUUGCAGCUCCCUGCACACUGCACAAGGACCAAAGAGGAGUCCUCCAGAAAGAAGGCAACAUGAAUCCUUCCUGCACAGGAGUCCUCCAGAAAGAAGGCAAAAUGAAUCCUUCCUGCACAGGAGUCCUCCAGAAAGAAGGCAACAUGAAUCCUUCCUGCACAGGAGUCCUUCAGAAAGAAGGCAAAAUGAAUCUUUCCUGCACAAAAGUCCACCAGAAGGAAGGCAAAAUGAAUCCUUCCUGCACAGGAGUCCUCCAGAAAGAAGGCAAAAUGAAUCCUUCCUGCACAGGAGUUCUCCAGAAAGAAGACAAAAUGAAUCUUUCCUGCACAGGAGUUCUCCAGAAAGAAGGCAAAACGAAUCCUUCCUGCACAGGAUCCCCCCUGGCACAAAGGGCAGCACACAAGCAAACUUCUGUAGGGCUAAGGAUGCCCCAGUGCAGCGUUUUUAUUGCAGUAAAAAAGAUGAGUUGGGAAAGAAUCAUGAAGAAUAUGUUGCUGAAGCCAGCCCAGGCUCUUCAAAGUGGCAAGAAGCAUCUGUAGGUGAAAUGUUUCUUGAUUUUGAAUCGGUACAAAUUAUUAAAGAAGAUGCUGAAGAUGACAGUGCCAGUGACCUCUCUGACUCAGAAAGGAUUCCCAUUCCACCCUCUCCCUGCACACCACCAGAACUCAUCCUCAGAGCUGAAGAGAUCGACCCGGUUUGUUUGGAGCACAUCCCUGAAAUGGGAUUCAAAGAAUCCGAGUAUUACUACCCCGACUUUCUGCCACCCCCUUUCAACUCGUGGGAUUUGAAGCAGCUGGCCGUGUUUGCCCACGUGGAGGGGAGGAGCGAGUUCCGCCCCAAGCCCACGGGCUCGCUGGAGAAGUUUCUGGAGCGCCUGCUGCAGCUGGAGUGGCUGCAGAUGCAGACGGUGCAGAGCGAGAAGGGCAGGGCCACCAAAGGCCGGCCCCAGACCGCCCCCGGCCCCGGCCGUGCCCUCAAGAGCCCCGGGAAAGGCAAAGCCUUGCUCAGCCCUGUGCCCAGCAGGCAGGCAGGGCCCCAGGAGGGUGUGCCCAGGCUGCCCAGGAGCUGUUUGGGUCACAGGGCAGAGCCCGAGGACACUCGCCAGGUGCGCUCCCAGCCAGGGCACCCCAAACUUCCCGAGAGAAUGGGGUGUGCAGGAUCUUCUCAGAGGCAAACUGGAGAUGUGAGGGGUGAACUGAGGAAGAAACCAGCUGCAAAGCAGCAGCUUCUCAGCCUGCAGCCCCCCGAGAGCAGCUCUAAAAUCCAAAGUGUUGGUAACAUCAGACCCCCUAAGCAAACCUCAGCGUUCCACGGUGCCGCUGCUCCCAGCAAAGGCUCAAAAACAUACACGUGUGCAAAUCCAAAGAAAAAUGGCAAUGCCAGCAAUUAUGUUCCUCCUAAAAAACCAACAGCGGACAGGAAAAUAAAAACAAACGGCACAAAGCAAACGCCACGCAAAUUUCAGUGAGGGAAAAUUCAUUAGUGAAUGUUUGUGCUUCUUAACUGCUAGAAAGCAUCUGGCCAGUGCACAAGAUUCUUUUUUUUGUUUUUUUCUUCAUAGGAAGAUCCUGAGAAAAAUGUUCCUGACACGUGGUUCUGAGUCAGCACUGUUCAUUUCUAUAGAUUUGACCUUAAGCCAGCAGGAAUUUUUUUCCCUGAAGGCAAGUGUCUUCCAUUGGCCUUUCCUUAAAAAUAUUUUUAAUUGCUCGAUGAAGAUAACAAUAGCACAGUGUGAAGUUUAGAGAAGUGUAAGUACAGAAUGUCCUGUCUGCACCAGCUGAAGUCUGAGUGUUCCUUGUACUUACCCUGCUGGUGUGAGGGAAUGGGGUCCCUGCUCCUUCUCCUUCCCAGAUGUGCUUUUUGUAAGACAGGUUUGAUUGUGGUGAUUUUAUAAAAUAAUGGAGCCUGUUAUCUAUGCAAAGUCAACUCUAAUUCUUCACAGAAGAUGAUGAAUUGGAUUUUUUUUUUGAUGAAAUAGAUACUAUUUUUGUGAGAAGAUGAAGAAGAAUGGAGAUAAUGUUUUGAAAUAUUUUAAUGCAGAAAGAAUUCUUUUUAAGACAAAGUAUUAGGGACCAGACAGCUUCAAUAAUGAAAGAUUAAGAAAAUAGAAUGUGUAUUUUUAUACCCUGGAAUCUUCACUGUGUUUACAGACAGCUUUCCUGGAAGUUCAUUUUGUAGGCCUUGAUGUUUUUUGUCAUUUAGGGGAAAUGACCAAAUUUCAAAUUCCACAUGGAUGUAUUUGAGUAAUUCAAAUUAAGACUUUUAGCAGAGACUGUAUGGCCUGGUUUUCAGAACUGGUAGCCUCUCAAAACAUAAAAACCAGACUCUUAGGGGAAGAAUUUAAAGGGUGUUGUAAGUUCAAGUAAAGAUAUAUUUUGAUACAGAGGAUACGGAUUUUUAGUGACCUAAGAGGACUCUUAUUUAUCCCAUGGUCCAGUCUAGCUUGGCUUCUUAAGGUUUAGAGAGAUGAGAUGGGGAAAUGUCCUACAGAAAGAAAUUGUACAACCAGGAUUGGGUCCUGUCCUUAGGCCUUCUGUCUUGUGGCUGUGAAAUACAGGAGAAUACAAAGGACAGUUCAGAGAAUAUUCAAGUGUCACUUGAUCUGUUACAAUUUCAAAUCAAUCACAGCAGCUAGGGACAGGAUCUUGUUAAUGUGAAAUUCUAAAGAAUGUUUUUUACUUUCACUUUAAAAUCCUGGUCAUCCACCAGUCCCAAUCUUCGUGAGAAGUGAGCUGAGGUCUGGUGACCAGAUUUCUGCAAGUUGGGUCCUUGGCAUUGAUAGAAAACGAAAAAGUAGCAAAUACUAAAGAGUACAUCAUGUAUAUAGCUAAAUUGCACUUCUCUUGGUGAGCUCAUCUUGGUUUUAAGAUGCUUAGCUGUUUCUAUCUUUCAUUGUGCCUACCAGAUCUUCAGCUUUGUAAAAUUUCAAAGCAUGAAUUUGUAUGUAGUUUGAAAAGUGAGAAUAUUAAGAAAUGUAGUAAUAGAGUAUUUUACAGUAUAUAAAAACAUUGCUCAGGAAUAGUCUAAGAAAUAUUUUUGUGGUUUUUUUCCUAGUCUACUGGAGACCAAAUGUGAAAUUUUGAAUUGGUAAAGGAAAUGAAUGUAACAGACAGUAUUACAUUUCCUGAAUCAGUAUUUAUAAAGUCACACUUAAUGUGCAUUGUAGUUGCAUGUACAUUCAGCUCUAUGCAAUCCAAGUGAAACUCAGUCUGAGAUGCUCAAAGGCAGAGGAAUGGGCUGUGGCAGAGGGGUGGUGGCACUCAGGAUGGGACAACACCAGCAGCUGCAGAGGACCAGCACAUCCCAGUGCUGCUGUUUCACCCUUUUGUUUUGGUCCAGCCUCCUGUAUUUCAGCUUUUAUAGAUGAAAGGUUCCUGCUCCCAGUGCUAGUAUUUCAAGCUCUGAAUUCUGCAAGCCUGCCUUAGCCAAGUUUUCCUGAUUCACAUGAACAGUAGUGAAAAAUAGGAGAGCUGCUUUCUGCUUUGCCAGUGAUCAGGAUUUUAAUGCACUAUUCUAGUUCACUGUUACAAGCACCAAAUCUGAGGUGAGCAGGAUCCAAGCAAUAAUCAGAACAGCAGUUUUUUAAAACAAAUUCUGUUAGAUGCAGUAAAUAAUUUAGCAUGUUGUAUAGCACUGAAUAUUGCUGGAUGCUAAAUUUUCUAAAUGGAAGCUUUCCUGGGUUGUAAGAGGGCAUGUAGAUAUAGGCACAUCUUGCAUGGUCUCUUCUUUAAGAAUAAAUAAACCCCAUUUCUAUCAGCUGUGACCAGAGCAAAGGUGAUUGGCACUGGGAAAAGUAUUUGGUGACAGAGGUGGGAAAGUUUAAUGUGAUAUUUGUCAUCUUAUGGACACCAGUCUGUCAUUGGAGAUGAAAAAGUGAAGCAGGUGGAGGUGGUGAUGCCACUUCAAAGAAGUCUGAAAAGUCUUGUUCAUCCCUGGGCUCCGUGUGGGGUCUGGCCAAGUGAGUUUGUCCCACGUGAUAAUCACACCAGUCUCAUUUCUGUCACUUAUUUGACACCCUUGUCUUUGUUCACACACAGAAACUGAAAUCAUUUGCCUCAACAAACAUCUCUUGGCCUGAGCAGACCUGCAGGGGCUGGGGUUUAUCCCAUUUCCAUUUUAACUUCACCAUGUUCUAGGCCUGCAGAUGAAAGAGCUCCUUUUAUGAAGAGGACUGUGGUUUAUAUUUCUUUCAUUUUGUAUCGCUGGAUAUUGUCACUUCUGAACAGAGCAGAAAAACUUCAAACACAUUCAGUUUAAAAUUAAUUAUUAAGAUUCUUCCACAGCACCGUGUUUGUGUGGCUAUUUGCCUUUUUUUUUCAAGGUUUAGCAAUAUGAUCAUGUGGAUCUAAGCCUAGCACUGGUGAUGCUUCUUGAAGAACAGAUUACUGUGAUGUGAGAUAUUUAAACAGAGAGAUUUAUUUAUUUUUGCUAGAGAAUGUAAAGGUUUAGUGUUCUGCAGUACAGAACAAAUCUGCUCAGGUUGUAUUUUAAACAAACAGCCAGACUCUGCUUCAAUCACAUGAGUGUAAACUUUGAACAGCUCAGUGAAAUGACCCUGUUAGAAGAUGUGAAGAAACAGAAUUUCACUCCAAUAUGUAUAAACUAUUUUCCUUAGUAAUGCUAAUGUAUUUUUUGUGCAUCACGUGAAGAAAUUUAAAGCAAUACUGUUUUUCUCUUGCCAUGCUCCUUUUUUCUGCAUUUCUUGCAUCUCAUGCUGAGGGCAAUGAUGUUUCCCCAUGCUGUUCUCAGGUGGAUGCAGCAGGAUAAUGCUGCAGGGAGGCUUGUGCUGAUUCCAUCAGGCUAAACUGCCCUGUUUGACUCCAGACUCUGAGCUCUGCCCUCAUCCUGUCACUGUUUGUUCUGUGUUUCACUCAUUGUUAUUUGAGGUAACUUUUGUAAUUGCUAUUUAAAGGAUCUUGUUAGAAUUCAGAGAGAAUUUUGACAGUUUUUUCAGCUGGUAUGUUCUUUUUUGGAGCUGAUACUUUAAAUUUCUACAGUAUGAAAUUACCUAGAAUGUACUAUUUUUUGCCUUAUUUUAAAGGUAUUGAGCCUUCGUCGCUCCCAUUGCAUUAGUGGUUUUUCAUCUGAAAAAUAAACUGAAAAACGUGCUGUAGGGACUGAACUUGAUUAACUGAGGAUUUGCAGACCAGCUUUUGAUGUUGGUAUUCAUGUAUUCUUAUUUAUUUGAACUUUUUGUGGAUAUUUUUCCUAGUAAUUCCAUGGGAAAGUGAUCUUGUCAUUCAAAAGUACCGUAUAUUUGCUACAAUAAAAGUGAGAUACUGCCCUGCUU